AUGGCGUUAAAAGAAAAAUGUUCUAAUCCGUUGAUGUCUCUUGUGAUUAUUCUGAUGUUGUUGGUUUUGGCACUGAUAACUGCAGUGAUUGUUUUGAGAUUGGACAAGAAUCCGAGGAUUUCUGGACCACCAGAAGAGUUGAGAAAUGCAACUAAUUCUCCAGAAUCUCUGAAUCCUCAGAAGAAUAAACUUUCCACAUUAAAACCAUCAGAUCCGCCUAAGAUUCAGCCGACAAAUCCUACAAAUUCUCGACCAAAUAUUCCAAAUUUUAAGCCACGAAAUGUUUGUGAAUCUCCAGAAUGUAUCACUUUGGCACAACAGUUGCACAAUUGGCAAGACCCGAAAAUCGAUCCAUGCGUGGAUUUCUAUAAACAUUCAUGUGGAAAAUACAUCGAGCAUACUGUAAUCGAAGGGACCAUUAGUUCGAAAAAAUCCAAAAUUAUCAAUAGCUUGAUUAAAGAACACCUCAUCAAAAAUGAGCCUACCGAUUCGAUUGCUGAAAAGUCGCUGAAAAUGUUUUAUCAAAAGUGUGAAUCUAUCAAAACUUCUGAAGAUGAUUUUGAAGAAAAUCUGGAACAAACCUUCCAGGACCUUUUGGCCGAUAUAAAAUCAAUUGGGUCUUGGCCACUUUUGGAAUGGGAUGAGUCGAAAUUCGAUUUGAAUGAAACGCUAAUUAACUUGGCAAAACUGGGGACUUAUGAAAAUGGACUUUUCACAUUAAUCAACCCUGGUGCUCCAUGGAUGGUAGUUGCUCCAAUUACGGAUGGAGGCGCAUAUGAUCUAAGAUUAAGAGACAAGGGAAUUAAAAGAGUUCUCGAAGAAAAUGGCAUACCAUUUGAUGAUGAAACUGUUAACAAGGAUUUUGACGAUUUUUUGAAAUUGUACAGGAAACUUCGAGAAUUCCCAAUAGAAAAUCCGAUGGAAGUAGACCAAAUUAGUAUUAAGGAACAAGUCGUGAAGGACCAAUUUCCGAGUAUCGAUUUUGAGAAAAUUCUAGAAAAUUUGGUGGAUUCGGGAAAUAAGAAUGCGAUGGAGAUGGUGAAAAGUAGAACUGUCAUUCAUAAAACUAACUUUUUCUUUGGGAAGAAUGAAAGUCUCGACACAAUCAUUCAAACAACGCCAAAACGAGUUCUGGCCAAUUUCCUAAUUUUCCAUUUCAUUGAUUCAUCCGCUUCCAGUUUCAAAAAUCAAUUUAACAUUGGGAACUGUGAUGAGAUGGCCACUGAUAAUCUUCCAGAAGCCGGCUUUUCAGUGAUUGUGAAAAAUCAUUUUGAUCGAGAAAAUAUUCAAAUCGUCUCGGAUUUGGUGGAAGAAAUUAAAGAUAGUUUUGAAGAAAUGAUUCAGGAAUCCACGUGGCUUCAUGAAAAAACUAAAAAAGCUGGAAUUCAGAAAUUACAAAAAAUGAAAAAGACGAUUGGGUACCCGGAAGAGUUUGAGAAUCUCGAUGAAAUUUAUGAAAAUCUAAACUUGCUGCCGACUGAUUCAUUCUACACGAUGCAGAGGAAAAUCGAUAGACUUCGUGGAGAAAUGACGAUGAAUUUCGUGGCGUUGGAAACUUUACUGGAUCCUUCAAAUAAUCUUUUGGAGACCAAUGCUAGAUAUUCUAUGUUGCAAAACUACUUGAUGAUCAUGGUCCCAUUCAUGGACGAUCCUCUUUUCGAUUCCACUUAUCCGAAAUACGCUAUAAUGGCUGGGACGGGAAGUGUACUGGCUCAUGAAAUAGGUCACGGAUUUGAUGAAAUGAGAAGUGGUUUCAAUGAAAACGGAAAAAGGAAGAAUUGGUGGCAGAAAGAAGAUUCGGAGGAAUAUAAGAGGCGAAUGGAAUGUUUGAUAGAUCAGUAUAAUAAUUAUGAUGAUCCAGAUUUUGGGAAAGGGAGGAUUAUGCUCAAAAUUGAAAUCCUGCAACACUACAGUAAUCCUAUUCCCAUUGAAUUUCAGAAUUUCAAUCGCACAAACACAAUUGGAGAAAUGCUUGCUGAUGGUUUUGGUAUGGAUACUGCGUGGAGGGUCGUGAGAAAAUUGGAUAUGGAAAAAGAGCCGAAAAUCAUUGGAUUCGACAAUGACAACACUAGAAAAAUAUUCUUCCGAGUUGCAGCUCUGAGCUUCUGUGCUCCACGAGACACGGAAGAUAUUGACUAUGUCGCUCAAAGAGAACAUCCGACGGAUAGUUUUCGAGUCAAUGGAGUGUUUUCGAAUAUGAAGGCGUUUGCGGAGACGUUCAACUGUCCAGUUGGAUCUCCGAUGAAUCCAAAGAAGAAAUGUGAACUUUUCUGA